AUGACUGGCUCAAAUGCACUCAUCUUAAUUGGUGGAGGGCAUUAUGUCGGUAAGGAAGAAAUGGCAUUAUGCAUCAAGGAGAAUGUGGAACAGCUUGUGAAAUCUUCUGUCACAAUUGAAGUUAUCAACAUGGAAAUGUACAAAGAUCCGCAUAUAGUUACCACUUCCCAGGGAGGAAAAAAUGCUGCCAUUACUGUCGGAGCAAAUAGGCUGCUUCAUUUGAAGCCCUCUCGAUUUGAUUUUGAGGCCCUUAAAAAGGAUUUGCGCUCAACCUUGGCCACUGGCAAAGAUACCGAGCAAAAACUUGUCAUCGUUCACGGUCUUUAUGCUCUCUACGAUAAAGAAUUAUGCGAAAUGGCCCAAAUAAAGGUUUAUGUUGGAGGAGAUGCAGACAAUAGACUCAUAAGAUGGAUUAAGAAAGAAGUGUUGUCCAACAGUCUGAACCAACCCAUGGCUUUAGAGCAUGUCAUCAACUCCUACCUUCAUGGAGCAAGAGAUGAAAUGAGAGACUAUAUUUUCCCCACGAAAGAAAGAGCCGACAUUAUUUUUCCGAGGGGGACGGAGACAAAGGCGGUGGCCUUGAUUGCUGACGGCAUCCUCGCGUUUUUAGGCUCUUCUCCCAGCCUCGAGUCAGCUGCCUCUAUGCUCCGACCAACUGAGUCGACAUUUCAAACUGAACGUUUCAAUAAUGAAAAGGGUAAGUACUACGAACUCAAUUAG